GUGGGGGCUGUGGAGGUGCGCGGGACCCGGCGCGGUGGCUGUGGUGGCUGUGGGACUGACGACCAGUGUUCUAACGGGUGAUUUCUGCUUUACUCCAUCAUUACCUGGAACAAGUCAUUUAUCCUCUCUAUACAGCAGGGAUGUUACUGUUUUUUAAGGAAACUACUAAACUUCCUGUGCAAGCGAAGUAGAAUUUCAUAAGAACAUAAUGGAUGGAGAAGAGAAAACCUAUGGUGGCUGUGAAGGCCCUGAUGCCAUGUAUGUCAAAUUGAUAUCUUCAGAUGGUCAUGAAUUUAUUGUAAAAAGAGAACAUGCAUUAACAUCAGGAACAAUAAAAGCCAUGUUGAGUGGCCCAGGUCAAUUUGCUGAGAAUGAAACUAAUGAAGUCAAUUUUAGAGAGAUCCCUUCACACGUGCUAUCAAAAGUGUGCAUGUAUUUUACUUACAAGGUUCGCUACACUAACAGCUCCACGGAAAUUCCUGAAUUCCCAAUUGCACCUGAAAUUGCACUGGAACUGCUGAUGGCUGCGAACUUCCUAGAUUGUUAAAUAAAAUAAAUUAUAAUAAACUGUUAACUUUUUUCAGUAUUUAAUACCUGUAGUUCAGUUAGUAAUUUUUUCAUAUAUAGCAUGUUGCCUGUGUGCGAUUGAACUUUAAAGUUCAUUGCAAAGCAGACUAUCGUCUCUUCUUUUGCAUAGCACAGUUGAAAUUUGUUUGCUACAUCAACAGAUUAAGGACAUUUUCACAAAUUGAGAAAUAAACAAAUAUGUCAGUUGCUAAGUAGUUUUGCCUUACCCUUUGGAUGUGAUUUUUAAAAUUAGAGCGGUGGCAAUAUAGUAAAUGCUGAAAUUUAGUCAUAAAUGAACAUACUCUACAGGUAAAUAUUGGGCUAUGUAUUUUUAUGUUUUUAGUGUUUUGUUUUUCACCUAUUCUGAUCUUAUAGCCAUCAUUACCAUUAGAAUUAUGCAAAUAAUUGCAUUAUAAACAUGUUUAUAACUUAGCCAAAUGUUGAUUUUUUUUAUAAUUGUCAAAGACGUGAGUUGAAAUUUCUUAUGUGUCUUUUGAUAAACUGCAGUAUUGUUUAAGUGUAUCUUGUCUUUUUGUUCAUUGCUACAAUUUAAAAACUUUAUUUAAAAGCAGCUUGGCAGAUUACUUGGUAUGGCUGUUGGAACAGUGACCUUUUGAACUGUAGCCACAUGGUCAAUAAGUAAAGUACAUGACCUUGAUUUCAUGUGUACUGUGCAUUUUGGCCAAUCCAAAGUACUGUAUUUUCAUUGACUAUAAAGCUUCCUUUGCAAUAUUCAUUCUUCUUACAUAGUC